GUCGCCUCGCAAUGCAAAUCGGGAAAAGGGGAUGAGCUGGGCUGGCUUCCGUCCUGAUAGCCAAGGCUAAUUCUCCCUCGAGUUCUUGGGAGAUGGGCGUUUGGCGAGAAGGCUGGCGUUAGUGAAGCGCGCCGGGCGUCACGCUGCUGGUCACCCGGGAGACAAGCCCUGUCCGCGGAGAGGAGUGGGACAACUCCGAAAGGCAGCAGCAAUACUCAACAUAAAUAUCUGUUCUUGAACUCCUGGGCUCAAGCAGUCCUCCCACCUUGGCCUCCCAGAGUGUUGGGAUUAUAGCUGUGAGGCACCACGCCCAGUCAGUGCACUGCUUUUUGCCUGGAAAAAGUCUUGCUACUACUGUAAAAAGAAAAGAACUACUUUUAAGGAAAUAUAGCAUCCAUUGUGAAAGGGGAAAAGUAAAGAUAAUUCAUCAUGCCUGCUGUGGCUUCAGUUCCUAAAGAACUCUACCUCAGUUCUUCACUAAAAGACCUCAAUAAGAAGACGGAAGUUAAACCAGAGAAAAUAAGCACUAAGAGUUAUGUGCACAGUGCCCUGAAGAUCUUUAAGACAGCAGAAGAAUGCAGAUUAGAUCGUGAUGAGGAAAGGGCCUAUGUGCUAUAUAUGAAAUACGUGACUGUUUAUAAUCUUAUCAAAAAAAGACCUGAUUUCAAGCAACAGCAGGAUUAUUUCCAUUCAGUUCUUGGACCUGCAAACAUCAAAAAAGCUGUUGAAGAAGCUGAAAGACUCUCUGAAAGCCUUAAACUAAGAUAUGAAGAAGCCGAAGUCCGGAAAAAACUUGAGGAAAAGGACAGGCAGGAGGAAGCACAGCGGCUACAACAGAAAAGACAGGAAACAGGAAGAGAGGAUGGUGGCACGUUGGCUAAAGGUUCUUUGGAGAAUGUAUUGGAUUCCAAAGACAAAACCCAAAAGAGCAAUGGUGAAAAGAAUGAAAAAUGUGAGACCAAAGAGAAAGGAGCAAUCACAGCAAAGGAACUAUACACAAUGAUGACGGAUAAAAACAUCAGCUUGAUUAUAAUGGAUGCUCGAAGAAUGCAGGAUUAUCAGGAUUCCUGUAUUUUACAUUCUCUCAGUGUUCCUGAAGAAGCCAUCAGUCCAGGAGUCACUGCUAGUUGGAUUGAAGCUCACCUCCCAGAUGAUUCUAAAGACACAUGGAAGAAGAGGGGGAAUGUGGAGUAUGUGGUACUUCUUGACUGGUUUAGUUCUGCCAAAGAUUUACAGAUUGGAACAGUUCUCCGGAGUCUGAAAGAUGCACUUUUCAAGUGGGAAAGUAAAACUAUCCUGCGCAAUGAGCCUUUGGUUUUAGAGGGAGGCUAUGAAAACUGGCUCCUUUGUUAUCCCCAGUAUACAACAAAUGCUAAGGUCACUCCACCCCCACGACGCCAGAAUGAAGAGGUGUCUAUCUCAUUGGAUUUUACUUAUCCCUCAUUGGAAGAAUCAGUUCCUUCUAAACCUGCUGCCCAGAUACCACCUCCAUCUAUAGAAGUAGAUGAAAAUAUAGAAUUGAUAAGUGAUCAAAAUGAGAGAAUGGGACCACUGAAUAUAUCAACUCCAGCUGAACCAGUUGCUGCUUCUAAAUCUGAUGUUUCACCCAUAAUUCAGCCAGUGCCUAGUAUAAAGAAUAUUCCACAGAUUGAUCGUACUAAAAAACCAGCAGUCAAAUUGCCUGAAGAGCAUAGAACAAAAUCUGAAAGUACAAACCAUGAGCAACAAUCUCCUCAGAAUGGAAAAGUUAUUCCUGAUCGUUCCACCAAGCCAGUAGUUUUCUCUCCAACUCUCAUGUUAACAGAUGAAGAAAAGGCUCGUAUUCAUGCAGAAACUGCUCUUCUAAUGGAGAAAAACAAACAAGAAAAAGAACUUCGGGAAAGGCAGCAAGAGGAACAGAAAGAGAAACUGAGGAGGGAAGAACAAGAACAAAAAGCCAAAAAGAAACAAGAAGCUGAAGAAAAUGAAAUUACAGAGAAGCAACAAAAAGCAAAAGAAGAAAUGGAGAAGAAAGAAAGCGAACAGGCCAAGAAAGAAGAUAAAGAAACCUCAGCAAAGAGGGGCAAAGAAAUAACAGGAGUAAAAAGACAAAGUAAAAGUGAACAUGAAACUUCUGAUGCCAAGAAAUCUGUAGAAGACAGGGGGAAAAGGUGUCCAACCCCAGAAGUACAGAAAAAGUCAACAGGAGAUGUGCCCCAUACAUCUGCGACAGGGGAUUUGGGUUCAGGCAAGCCAUUUAAGAUUAAAGGACAACCAGAAAGUGGAAUUCUAAGGACAGGAACUUUUAGAGAGGAUACAGACGAUACCGAAAGAAAUAAAGCUCAACGAGAACCUUUGACAAGAGCACGAAGUGAAGAAAUGGGAAGGAUCGUACCAGGACUGCCUUCAGGCUGGGCCAAGUUUCUUGACCCAAUCACUGGAACCUUUCGUUAUUAUCAUUCACCCACCAACACUGUUCAUAUGUACCCACCGGAAAUGGCUCCUUCAUCUGCACCUCCUUCCACCCCUCCAACUCAUAAAGCCAAGCCACAGAUUCCUGCUGAGCGGGAUAGGGAACCUUCCAAACUGAAGCGCUCCUACUCCUCCCCAGAUAUAACCCAGGCUAUUCAGGAGGAAGAGAAGAGGAAGCCAACAGUAACUCCAACGGUUAAUCGAGAAAACAAGCCAACAUGUUAUCCUAAAGCUGAGAUCUCAAGGCUUUCUGCUUCUCAGAUUCGGAACCUCAAUCCUGUUUUUGGAGGUUCUGGACCAGCUCUUACUGGACUUCGUAACUUAGGAAAUACUUGUUAUAUGAACUCAAUAUUGCAGUGCCUAUGUAAUGCUCCACAUUUGGCUGAUUAUUUCAACCGAAACUGUUACCAGGAUGAUAUUAACAGGUCAAAUUUGUUGGGGCAUAAAGGUGAAGUGGCAGAAGAAUUUGGUAUAAUCAUGAAAGCCCUGUGGACAGGACAGUAUAGAUAUAUCAGUCCAAAAGACUUUAAAAUCACCAUUGGGAAGAUCAAUGACCAGUUUGCAGGAUACAGUCAGCAAGAUUCACAAGAAUUGCUUCUGUUCCUAAUGGAUGGUCUCCAUGAAGAUCUAAAUAAAGCUGAUAAUCGGAAGAGAUAUAAAGAAGAAAAUAAUGAACAUCUUGAUGACUUUAAAGCUGCAGAACAUGCGUGGCAGAAACACAAGCAGCUCAAUGAGUCUAUUAUUGUUGCACUUUUUCAGGGUCAGUUCAAAUCUACAGUACAGUGCCUCACCUGUCACAAAAAGUCUAGGACAUUUGAGGCCUUCAUGUAUUUGUCUCUGCCGCUAGCAUCCACAAGUAAAUGUACAUUACAGGAUUGCCUUAGAUUAUUUUCCAAAGAAGAAAAACUCACAGAUAACAACAGAUUUUACUGCAGUCAUUGCAGAGCUCGACGAGAUUCUCUAAAAAAGAUAGAAAUCUGGAAGUUACCACCUGUACUUUUAGUGCAUCUGAAACGUUUUUCCUACGAUGGCAGGUGGAAACAAAAAUUACAGACAUCUGUGGACUUCCCGUUAGAAAACCUUGACUUGUCACAGUAUGUUAUUGGUCCAAAGAACAAUUUGAAGAAAUAUAAUUUGUUUUCUGUUUCAAAUCACUACGGCGGACUGGAUGGAGGCCACUACACAGCCUAUUGUAAAAAUGCAGCAAGACAACGGUGGUUUAAGUUUGAUGAUCAUGAAGUUUCUGAUAUCUCCGUUUCUUCUGUGAAAUCUUCAGCAGCUUACAUCCUCUUUUAUACUUCGUUGGGACCACGAGUAACUGAUGUAGCCACAUAAGGAGACAUAGGUUAUAAACUAGUUAUCUUUUAAAAGGCUCAGCAACACAACUCUUGAAAUGCUUAUCAAGAUAAUGGUAGCUAUAGCUGACCGAUUAGAGGAAUUCUAGGACAGUGGGAGCUGUGUUACUAGCACUAUAUAAUUCCGGUCAGUGCUGACAAAUAACAUUUAACAAGUAUUGCAGUAAGCAUCACUUACAGGUACCAUUUAUUUCAAAACAACUUUUUUAGUCUGCUCCAAAGUUAAAAUAAUUAACUAGCUAAGCAUUAUUAUUCUACUGGUCUAAAAACCAUUGUAUCUUUUUUUUUCCUUUUCACUGUUAUGGCCUUUUCACAUUUCUAAAUCCCAUCUUGAUAUACUAUGAAUACUCUAGAAUGAUGUAAAGCAGAUAGGAAUGUAUGUGUACAUAUUUAUUGCAUACUUGCACAUCAAAUCGAUGUACAUAGUUUAACACGUCCUUUUGUGAAACCUAGAACUCAGAGGAUUGCUUUUUUUCUUUCAGCCUAUUUUGAGUAACUUCAGUGCUUUCUUAGGGAAAUGACAGGGCAAAGCGAUUUUUCUGUUGGCUUUGGGCUGUAUUUGUGCACUAAAUCUUUAUUCUAAAAAAAUAAAAUGGAAACUUUAAUUUUUUUAAAAUGAGAAUUUCAUUUACAGCUACAUUAAAAUCUUAAUGAGAAAAAUAAUUUA